AUGAGACUUCCCCAAAACGUGGAUAUUUACUAUAUGAUGGUACUUUUGCUUUUUAUUAAAGGAGAUCAAUGCUUUGCUAAUCCCUACCCAAGACUACCUAAUUCAACUGCAUAUGAUUUGAAAAUUUUUAAUGCAAUUAUGUUAGAUGAAUAUAGAUUAAUAUUAUGUGGUACUCUUAAAAGUAGAAGCACUAAUAAUGAACUCCCGAAAGCCAAUAAAAAUCAUCUUAUAAUAGUAAAUCAGUUUGAUAGGUUUAAUGAUUAUACUAUUCUCUUUGGAUAUCAGAAAGAUGAAGAUGAUCAAGGUUUUUUAAAAGCUGAUUUUGCAAAUGACAUAUUCAAGUAUAUCCAAAUAAAAUAUGGUACUAAAAUCGUGACAUUUAUCGAUAUAGUUGUUCAAAGAGAUUAUAAAGUUUAUGCUUUUGGAAAAGUAUUAGUCUCAGGUCUAAAUUAACCUGCUUUUAUAGGUUUCAAUGCAUCAACUAAUUAGGUCACGUAUUUAGAUAAAAAUACAUAGUAAUACGGAGGUUUAGUAUUUGCAAAUCCAAUUUCAAAGUACAACUGUUUUAAUCUUACUACUGAACCCUUUACUUAUACUUCUUAUAAAGAUUAUAACGUGAACAAACUAAAACCAAUCCCUGCUUAGCCCAUCACAGAAUUUAUUUACUUUAUCGGUCAAGGUGAAAUGCUAUUCUACACUCAUAAUUACACUGUAACUUCGAAAAAUUGUUUAGAUUUAUGGCCUCAAAUGAGUGCGAAGCUGAAAAAUGGUUCUGCUCUACCAGCUUUCUUCACUUAUCCUAAUGCCAAUGUGAAAAAUAAUUUCAAAAUCAGUACUAAUUCUGUAUCUAAUGCAGGCUCAUAUCCAAUAACUCUAUAUUACAACUAGACACUCGGGCCGAUUAUAACUUUUGAUAUUACCAUCAUUAUAAAGGUAAAUACAGUGGCACCUUAAUUUGUUACAAACUUGGUAGAUUAAGAUGUGAAUGUACCGAGUAAUACAGAUUAUACUUUCCCUAAUAUUGUAGAUUAAGAUGGAAACACAUUUUAUCUCGAGUUUGUUCAAGUACUACCUAACUUCAUAACAUUUUCGAACACUUCUAGUGGAUAUUCAAUAAAUAUAAAGCCAACUGAUAACUCUUAAGCUGACACAUACGCUCCAAGUGACAUAGAUGUUGAUGGAAAUCCUUAUUAACUAGAUUUAAAGACAAUUCUCCCUGUAUUUAUAACAUAUGUACUAGUUACUAUACUGCCUAGCUUUGCUAAAUUUAAUGAGACAAAUAUGACAUUCAGCUUUAAUGUUCAGAACUCAAUGUAGCAUGGAACUAGCAACUUGUAAAAUAUUACUGCUUGCUUGAGUUGUACUCAUUAAUAUCAACUACCUAUACCAAUUGAUCUAGAUGGAGAUUAAGUUUAUAUCUCAAUUUUAGGAGCUUUACCAAACUUUGUAAAGUACUUUAGUGAUAAUACAUCAUUUGAAAUUUAGCCUGAUUAGUCAACUAGCCUAGAUCAAUAUCAAAUAAUGAUUAAGUUGUCAGACUCAAUUCUUGAAUCUACAUAUAGUUUUUACAUCUAAGUUAAAAUCAAUAAUGAAGCACCUAAAUUUAUGAGUUUUCUGGCAGAUUUUACUAUGUUUGCGAUUGAUCAAAGAUACUACUAGCUCCCUAAUAUAUUAGAUAUAGAUAGUGAUACCUAUUAUAUGGCCUUAACUCUCCCUUCAUUUGUCAGCUAUGUAAAUGUUAGUAACUAACUAUACAUCGACCCUAAUUCACCUAGUUUUAAAGGUACUUAUCAAAUUAAGAUUCAGCUGUCAGACUACUACCUAUCUCAAAAUUACUCAUUUAAGCUAAUCGUUUUAUAUGAUUCUGGCCCUCCUAUAUUCGAGUCAGCUCUUUUAAAUCAAACUAUAAACCCAGGUGAUAUCAAGACUUAUGCUCUACCUACCAUUACUGACCCUGAUUUAGACACCUUUUAAAUUGAAAUCAUAUCAAGUCUACCAUUAUUUAUCACUUUUGACUCAGCUUUAAAAGAGUUUCAUAUCAAUUCUGAAUCAACCACAUCUGCUGGAGAAUAUUCUAUUAAGUUGUAACUCAAAGACUAAUAUGAUAAACUGAAUCCAUAUUAGUUCUAUGUAAUAGUCAAUACCUUAUCAACUGAAUAGUAUGUUGCAACGAUUGAUGAUCAAAACGAUGAAAUACAGAUUACUCUUAAAUUGACAAGACUAAACAAUAAUGCUAGCAGUAUAUCACCAAGACUUAUAAUCUAUAAUACAACGACUCAGAUGACUGAAAUAGAUCCUCAAUCAGUAAAUGACACUGGAAUGUAUCUUGUUCUAGUUACUCUUAAGGAGAAAAACACAUUUGAAAAACUAUAUUAAACCUAUGAAUUUAGACUAUUAAUUGAGGAGAGUAGUAGUGUUACAGAUUUGGUUUAAAAUAAUUAAACUGCUAAUACUACGUCUAACAGUACAAGUGUCACAAAUAUAACAGACUUAGAUUCAACUGCAUAGUAAAACUCAAAAAAUAAAAUAUCUAAAUCAAAAGUUUAAAAGCUAACUGCUAUUAUCUAGAAGGUCACAUCAACUGGCUAAAUUAUGAUCUAGUUUAACGAUGAAAUAGCCAAUAUAAACAAAACUUACAAAGAAAUUAAAGAACUCAAAUAUAUUGAUGUAAAGCUCAAGAACCAAUCAAACUCCAUUUAAUAUACUUGGAAUAUAACUUUAAUAGAUGAAGACAGGAUAGUGAUAUAAAUAAUAUUCAAUACUACGCAAAUGAUUGGAUUUACAAAAGUAUUAUCAUUCAUUAGUUAUUUAUCUAUAGGAAAAUAUACUGAUAUCAUUUAACGAAAGCUUGUACCCAUCAUUGAUAAACAAGGAGGAACUUUGUCAAUGCUCUAUCAGCUAAUUAAUGCUUUGCAAUUGAUUGUCUUAGUGCCUUUAAAUAGCUUCACUCUUCCAGGAUUUCUUUCAGCCUAUUUCCAAGGAUUCAACUCAUUAAACUUCCAGCUAUUCAAUCUAUCUGACUAUCUUAUGGAGGUCAUUGACAUACCAACAACUUAAAACUCAAAAGGAGCAAAUUAUGAUGACUAAGGAUUUUAAACUUAGAACAUACUCAUAAAUAACUUUGAUAGCUUCAUGAUGAUUGUUUAGUUAUUGGCAUUGUAUGGGAUUUCAUAUGCUGGCGCAAAGUACAUAAAAUUUCCGAGGCUAAAUAAGCCACUAACAGAUAUGAGAGAUUAGUUUAAAUACAAUGCUGUAAUAAGAUAUGCCAUUGAAACCUACAUUAUUGUACUUCUUUGUACAAAUAUGAAUAUCGAGCUACUUAAUACUAAUACAACUAGCGAGGCAAUUUCAAGCUCAAUAGCAGUCAUUCUUAUGAGUAUUUACGUUGUUACACCUAUUGGAAUAACUGCUUUUGUCAUGAUAAAUUAUAAGAAAAUAACUAGUGAUAACCCUGAUGUUAAGCAAAAAUAUGGCAGUAUAUUUGAAGAAUUCAGAUAAAAUAAACUCGCCAUGCUCUUUUAUCCAAUAUUUAUGCUAAGAAGACUGAUAACUGCAUGGGCUGUAAUUGGUAUGAGUGACUACCCAUUAAUGCAGAGUCUAGUUCAAACUUAUUCCUCUUUAGUUGCUGGGCAAUAAUAUCCAUAUCUACGAUAAUGA